CCACAGAGCAGUGUUUGUUUACCAAUUUCACCGGUGUCAAUUGAUCGUAUAGUGUUAACUUUGUAGGCCUAGCCUAGGCGAACGUUAGCCGCAAUAUUAUUUGUACUGUGCUUUCUUAUGUUGGUAUUUGAAGAUUGAUAAUUAUAAUGCAAGAGGCUACAGAAACAUUACGUACAGCCGUAGCGAGUGGCAGAACCGACAUAGUACGAUCACUGAUUCAUGCCGCAGGCGAAUGUGAAGAAAAUGAUGAAGCUGAAAUAAAAGUGUUAGAGGUUCUGAAUGCAAAGAUUUCUGGUGAAGGAACUGCUUUGCAUCAGGCAUGCAAGCAUGGACAGGCUGAUAUCGUUCGCACUCUGUUACUGUUUGGAAGUGACCCAACAAUUAAAGACGAUCAGGGAAAGAUGGCCUAUGAUCUUGUUGAUACACCAAAGGUUAGAUCUGCCUUCAAUGAUGCAUUUUUCCAAGCAGUUGGUCAAAACAGGUGUACUCUUGUGUGUCGACUUAUAGAAUGUGGACUUGCGUUGGAUGCCAUAGAUACAGAGGGUAGUGGUAACACACUGCUCCACUGGGCAACAUCAUACAGUAACCUGAGGAUGGUUAAGUGCCUACUAGAUCAUGGAGUUGAUGUUAAUCGAAAAAACAAAGAUGGUGCUGUACCGUUACAUGAUGCAGUGUCCAGAAAGGAUGUUGAUAUUGUGAAAGAGUUAAUUCUAUUUGGUGCAAAUCCACAUGUUUCAGCCUUGUCUGGCCGAUUUGAAGGCAAGACAGCACUUGAUGUUGCAGGGGAUGACGAGGGAUUACUGAAUGCCAUGAAAAAUGGACUCCCAAAUGGACACCUUGUUAACGAUGAUGGUGGCAAAAUGCAAGAGCCACCAAAAAAGGAAAUAAAAAAUGAAAUUGUAAAUGUACCUGCUGAAGAUGUUAGUAACUCCAAAAAAGUACAAACACCAGAUGCCUCAAAGAAUAAGCAAACAAAAGUAGUGUUGAAAACAAACAACGUAGCAGCAGCAACAGCUGAAGUACUAAUCACACCUGACACAUCCAUUGAUUCACUGUCAGAGUCCUUCUCGAAGCCCAUGUUCCAGCAGCCUAAUUCUAAUGAUGUUCGUCUUGAUAAGCUUUGGCCUCAGCCUCAACGACUGAUGGAGAUCGAGGGCAAUCCGUUACAUUUGCCAGAAUCUAUACAAGUGCAAUUAAUACCUUCUGCCAAAAGUGCUGUUACUGAAAUGGUGGAUAUAUGGAAUACACUGAGCUUAUCUUUUGAGGAAAUUGGUUAUCACAUCAUUCUACAAACGUUGGAUCCAAGCUGCUCUAAAAAGCCAGAUGUAAUAUGUCAUCUGAACCGUAUGCUAUUCUGCAAAGAUGGAAGCUAUCGCCUUACCAUCAAUCAAAGCCAGGUUCAGAUAUCAGCUAGUGAUUUGUCAGGUUUAUGGAAUUGUCUGUGCACAUUACUUCAAAUUAUCCGUUUAUGUAAGGAAGAUGGCAUACCCCCUCUACAGAUUUCUGAUUGGCCAGAUGUGUUGUACAGAGGUGUGAUGUUUGACAUUUCAUGUGGCAGAGUCCCCAAAGUGGAUUUCUUAUUAUCACUGAUUGAUACUUUAUCCUUACUGAAAUUUAAUCAGUUGCAUUUAUACAUGAAGAUUGGCUAUGAUUCCAGUAUGGAUAUAGUUACAAUGUACACACCUAGUGAAUUGUUAGACAUCGACAUCUACUGUCAGUGUCGGCAAGUGCAACUUAUCCCACAUAUUGAUAUGUACCAGAAUAGCACCCUCAACGUCAAGCAGUGCUCACUCAUCCAUAGCAUUAUCUCUUGUUUCCCAUCAUCUAGGUUUAUCAAUUUUGGUCCCAAGAUGACGAACCUCCUCUUCCCCACCAUCACUGAAGAGGCAAAUACCACUGACAGCAUUCAAGCUAUGGGUGUUGAAGAUAAACUGAAAUUACUAGGUGUUCGUGAAACACAUAUUGUCCAAUACUGUGCAAACCUAAUACACUCCACACCCCAGGACAUUGCUGCCUUGCCCCCUGGGAGUAUUGCAAUGGAAUAUGGAUACGAGGCUGACUAUGAUUUUAGUGUUUACACUGAUAACUCUGUCCGUAUGAUAUCAAUGAGCUGUUUUUAUACUUGCCCAGGAACACAAGCUUGGAACAGUAUUGGAGGUUGUCCCGAGGUGGCCGUGAGGAACAUAUACAAUGCUACACAUUGUUCUCGGAUAUAUGACUCUGCUGUCGGUCUGCUCAUCACUGAUUGGUCAGGAAUUGCGCAUAUUAAUCAUGAGCUCAUUAGUUUACCGGCUUACGUGACUGCUGCUGGAUUGGCGUGGAACAUGUACACAAGCCUUGACACAGUCCACCAGAACCUGCCUGAUUUGAUCAAUCUCCACAUAUGUCACCACGCAUCAUCGGUCCUUGGCCAGGUCGUCGUCGAGAUUGGCCGUGCUGAAACCUACCUGAUGAGAGCAUCAAGGAACCAGGAUAUGGACAGCUACAAGAACCUACCAGCUGCAGAGGGCUCCUUCUUCUACCAGCUCAUCAAUAAUCCUGAUUUGCUAGAGUUGACCCAUUUGACUCCUGACAUUAUGCAGAAAUCUCAGAAACACUUGAGGAAAUGCCAGAAUGCUUUGAAUAAAGUAGCAUUGAACAAUCCAAAGCAGUCAGAGCUAGAACUUCAACUCACUGUGGAGCUGAUGAUGUGGGCUUGCAAAAUUUGUAGAUCACUUCUGGUAUCUGGUAUGAAGCCUAGUGAAAAACAAGAGGGAUUAAAGGUCAUAAAUGUAGGCAUAACAAAUCUACCUGCAACUGCCAAAACAGAUUCUGCAAAUAAGAUUUUACUACUGAUUGAGCGUUACAAGCAACUAUGGCUGGCUGUCAAUCAUCCAUCAGGACUGUCAGAAUCGUUGUCAGUGUUUCAGGAUAUUCUUGUGAAGCUAGUUGGACCAACCAAGGACACAAAUCUUCCGAUGAUCUAAUGCGAUAACAAAUUGACCAAGUGCUGAUGCAGAGUGUUCAAAGCGGUUUGUAAACAUGUAGUCGACUAGUCGUGAUGUAGGUAGUCGAUAACUGUAGACCAUUGCUAUACCAUGCUAGAAACAGUUAACUGGCUAUUAAUAAUGUAGAACAGUAUGGCUAUGGAUGGAGUAAUGUUUGCUUUAGCUAGGAGUGUUUUAUAGUCAAUAGCAGUCUUACAUGGUGACUAUCAUAAGACCACCUAUGUGAUAAUGCUGGCUUGUAAAGCAAUCCACCCCAAGUUCCAACACUGCAUGAUGGGAAAUAUUGUGUAUUGUAAUGGUAUUGUGAAUUAUCCGACUACUUUUUUCAAUAUCUUGUAUUGUCGUUGGAUUUCUCUAUUGUGAAACACCAAGAAUAACCACAAAAAUUGAAGGACUAGGAACUUUCUGGUGGUAGAUUGAAAGUCCACCAGCAGACAAUACCUUGCUCUGUUUUGAAGAUUUUACUGUUUUCUUUAACGUGCACAUAUUGUAGACAGAAACAAUGGGUUAAAAGUCUCCACCGAAAAUCGGUGUGCUAUUGUGAGUACGAACAGCGCUGGAAGCACAACUAGGACCAAACACAUGUGUGAAAUGAUUUUCAUGGUUCAGUGCACACACCGUGGCUACUACUAGGUCAGUCGAAUGGGCUAAGUUGCUCUCAUUUUUAAGUCACAUAUUGUAACCUGCACUCAUAAUGUCUUAAAUUUUGCAUCAAGACAAUUAUAGCUUCAGUGAAGAUUAGGUAAACAUUUUUUACAAUUUAAUUUAGUAAAAAUGUUUUAAAUAAAUAUUUGUUUUAGAUAAAGAAUUAUGAUAAGAAAUCAUGGAGAUUAUUUGAUGUAUUUAAACAAGUUGAUUUUAGAAUAAUUCAGAAAAUAUGUUUGUGUUAUUUAUUCUAAUACCAUAAUUAAAGUAUAGGUUAUAUACUGUAUAUUAUGUUGAUGUGAUUUUUGAAGUUUACAUUACUGUUACUUAUUUCUGUUUAAAAUAUAAUUUAGAAUAUUUAUUUACGAAAUUAUAUCUAAGGAGAAUGGAGGAAUUCCUGGAUGACAUAAAAUGGCCAAAGCACAAUAAGAUGUUAGAAAACUGACGAGUGAUAUGCUCUUAAUAUUACUGCUGUUCAAAGCAGAAAUUGUUAGAUUAUCUAAUAUUUUAUUUGUUUUUUUAGCAGUGGUGUGAGUGAUACCAUGUCUUACUGCCAAACUUAGUGUUGUGUAAAAUCAUGAUGAAUAUGUUUAAAUUAUGUUUCCAUUCAUUUGCAGGGUAGGGUGGUGUGGAGACUGUGGUAGGGGUGACAAAGAGUAGGGUAUGAAAGAUGGAAAGCAGGGUAAUGGUUAAUUGAUUGAUACGCAUUAAUUAUUUACAUAAUAUAGAGAGAAUGAAUAACGUGAUAAGUAAGUUGGCUUUAUAUAAAUAGGCCAAAUUAAUUCCAGUGGGGGCCCAGGACAGUGAGAAUGGCAGGUAGGGCUAGUAGUGGGGAUUGGUAGCGGUGGUUAAGAAGGGUAAGCUUUGCGAGGACAAUAUACUUAUAAUUGUGCAGGGAGGAUUGCACCACACCAGAUUUUGUCGCACAGAUGAGCACAAGACAAAUUAAUGAAACCUUGGCAAAUCAAAAAAGGCCCCAGGGGCGGAUCCAGUAGGGGAUACGGGGGGGGGGGGGGAUACGGGGGGGGGGGGCACGUGCCACCCGUUUUGCCAUUAAAUUUUCAAUGCAAAUCAAGGUUAUGUGCUACUCACUUACCUAUUCUGAGACUGUUGUGUCCUCCCGUUUGAAAAAUUGAUCUGCCUGUGAAAUAAACUUAUGAACAAAGACCCUUUUCCACCAUCCUGCUCCCAUUCGCCCAGAUAAUAAAUGUAUUAUUGAUAUUAAUGAUAAUUUAUUCAUUUAUAUACAAUAUGCUUAACAUUAAGUGCCUUCUUUAAUAAUCAGAGUAAAGAAAAUGCAAUAAGUUAAUUUGAACAUGCCUCAACAUUAUUUUCAUGAGUAAUGAUAUUAAAACAGAAAUGUGCAUUUGGAAAAUUCAACAAAGAUGCUAUUUUUUCACUUUUUCCAAAGUGAUAUGUUGUCGUGCUGAAUAUGCAGUAUGUCCGGAUCUGCUAUUUUCUACGUACUGUGUAGUAGUGCAUUAAUAUGUCGGCAGUGGGUAGAUUCAAGAGGGUGGGUGCGGGGGUUGGCUGGAAAGAAAAUUAUAUUUCAAAUUAAAUCUGAGAGUGCCAUUUCCAGUUAUCUAGAAGUGCCAUAAUCAUCAGUGUUUUAUACCUCAGCCCACAAUGGUGGUGUUAACCCCCUCCCCCAUCUGAGAAAGUCCCUCCCUUCCCCCUCCCCCUUCCCUUUAUUUUGAAUUCCUGGAUCCACCACUGGUCAGGUUUGGGGAAAAUAGCAUAAUCAACAAUCUUCUGUAAUAUUGUGACAUUUGGAAUGUAAAAAAUAUGUUAUACUGGUAUAGAAAUUUUUGUCAAAUUAAUAUGAAAUUGUUAUUAAAGAAUAUUUAUGAUCAUUACUUGCCAACUUA